AUGACGCAAACUCCCAGAGCAUGGGAUCCCAAAGUGGUGCUUGAAGGAGACUCCAUCAAGAUUGAUGACUUGAAGGUUUCAUUUCAUCGUACUAUCCGUGACCACAAGGAUUAUUACGAUAAUGCAAUCCCAAAAUCAAUGCCGGGUGCAAACCAGGAGACAGAGAUGUCUGAAUCGUCAGCCUGCUCACUCCCAGCAUCAAUGGGCCGCUUCCCGUUGGCAAGAUGCGAUGACUAUCGUCAGGGUCUGCCUGACGGCAUGGAAAACGAGGGAGGCAUCUUUUUCCCAAUGUAUCGUAAGUCUGUUCCCAUGCUCUUCUUCGAGUCGCCUACACUCAUCAAUCUCCUGGACUCAGAACGCGAAGCUAUGUGGAUUAGUUUCGUAUCAGAUAACACCUACGCCAUAAAAGUCUUUGCGGGCAACGUCAAUGCCAUUUCUGGCAAGCCAGAUACCGCAAGUCACGAAGAGAAUCAGGCGACAAGGAAGGACUUAACCCUUCAAGACUUUGUCGUCACUCCUCAUCAACAUUGGCUGGAUGGCGUCGCUACCGAGGCCGGCAGAGUACAGUUCGUGGCGAUGCCAAUGGGCUCGGGUCAUUCCACCGGGGCACCAGUGACCGGGCAGGACUCCGUUGGUAGACUGAGCUUCGAGGGAUCGCAGGUUUGCUUGAAUGUUCGACGCUACCCAGCGCCCUGGGCGCACGUCGCUUACUACAAAGCGCCUGCUGUGACCAGAGGUUACAUCAGGCAGAAGAUCGCGAGGAUUCCCUUCCACAAUUACCGAAAGACAACCUCCGUCGCCUUUAGCGUACGGAUUCUCGACAGCCGUCUUUACGAGCAAGCCACUGGUCGGGCCCCUCCUGCCAGUCCCAUCACUCCGGAGCUGUACGCCGAGCAAAGACUUCCUUUCCUCGAGCUCUACGAAGAACUGCCGGCUGCCCCCACCGAUGGAAUUGUUGGCGUCAAGGCCGUUGCAACCAUCGAAGGAACCCUGGACGAGUCUCUCCCCAAUGACAUACUCAAACGCGAUGCGGUUACUGGUGCCGCUCUGCCCGGCUGGCACUGCAAGGGCUGUGGACAGCAUAUCCACCCUGCUUACACGCGGUGCCACACUUGUCAGAAGGCACAAGUUGCUGAGAGCAGUGACGGGUUCAAAGGUGUGAGUCCAGUCGGUAUCCUCAACCCGACGAGACCCAAGACACUUCUGCGGCUCCCUUGGGAGGUUGAUGAGGGUACUCAUGGGGAUAUCUAG